AUGGCAGGAGAAGGAGAUCACCAAGCUGGUGAGAUGGCCAAGAAGACAAAAGGAGGAAGGAAAGGAAAGGUAGUCCAACAAGUACAGAUUGAUGAUGAGGCCACUGACAGUAACGAAACCAAGUUCAAUGAAGCAGAAGAAGGGUCAGACUCCGAUGAUGACAACAAACGGUACAACUACCGCACCUUAGCCAAGAUCAUGGAGGCAGUCCCCAAACUCACGUUGCGAAACUACUAUAGCUGGAGCACCCUCAUCAAGGCCACUCUCAGAGUUAUUCCCCAUGCCAUACAGCACUUGGAAGGCACAUACAAUAACAACCAUCCAAAAUGGAACAGAAACUUUGACGACGCUUUAGCGGGUGUGCUAUGUAGCACUUUAGAUGCUGAAGGAGAGCACAACAUCCUCUACUUAUUGCUUGACAUUAGUAAAGCAUAUUUGACUUUCCACCAAACCUGGAAGAAAAUCGAAAACAGCCUGACCAGUGAAGCUACUAGGAUCUCGCGACGAAUUGCACUCCUCGCACAACUCAAUGAAGUCAAGAUGUUUAAUGCCAAUGCAUGGAAGCUAGUCCAAGACAUUAGAGUCAUGCAAACAGAGACAAGCCUACUGGGAGCACCUUUCAGUGAUGAUGCCAUAUAUGCAGCACUCCAAAGGUGCACGAUCCAGCACCUGGUCUACAAAGAAACAGUUGCCACUGUCCAUCAAGUUAGUUUCAAUGCACUCGCCACAGCAUUAAUGAUGCGCCAAUCUGCAAUCGAAAGCAUCCCCGCCCAAAAGGUGGAUCCACAACAGGCAAGCGCUCGGGCAGCUGGUAGCAAUGAGCAGGACAGUGACACUGAUGAGGAUGCUGAAAGCUCAAAGGCUAAGACUGGACCAAGGAGGAUUCACUGCUGGGUGUGCAGAUGUUAUGGACAUGGUGCCAGAAAGUGCGAUGCCACCGUCACCAUCCCUGAGAACUCCCCCCUCGACCAGACUAAAUAG